AUGUGGGUAACUUUACAUGAAGUUGGUGGAUCAAGUGAUGCUCCUAUUAUGGAUGAUGAAGGUUUCAUUGAAGAUGAUGAGGAAGACAGUGAUACAUACCCUUCAGAAGACAAAAUUAUUGAUGAUAAUGAUGAAAACGAUGAUGAUCCUAAAUGUCGACACAUGUUGCACGGGGCCAUGGUGAAGAUGGUGGGAAUGAACCUCCCUAACAUCAACAGAAGAUCCUGCCAUCCUGUGAGUCAUAAUUAUUUUGAUAUUGAAGCUUUCCAAGACGCACCUUUCUGGAAUCAAAUGAUUCAAGGAAUCAACAGUGAUUGUGCAUCAUGUUACAAGCGUCGGAAAUGGAAGUUAAAGGAACAUUUUGAUACAGUGGGAGGCUAUAAGGAUGUAGACUUCGUAGAGAGAAAUCCCCCACGGUUACAGUCUGAAAAAGUGUGGGGAAAAGUUAUCGACAAGCAUUACACAAAUGCAAAAUGGAAGAGAAAGUCUGUACAAAAUAGUGAUAACAGAGGAAAACAACUUUAUCCAAGUUCACAUGGGAGUGAACCAUAUUCCCAAAAACGGUUUAAGGAAGUUAAAAUUAAAAAUGAAUAUAAGAAAAUGUUGGACGAGGUUGGUGUUGAUGAAUCAAAAGUCAAACAACUAGAAUGCUUGGAUCGUGUACUUGGAGAAAGGAGAGGUCAUACACAGGGUGUUGGUCGAAAAGUGAAAAUUGUAGCACCUUAUAAUAUCCCGACUCCUUUAACAAAUAAUGUAGACCUCAAUGCAUUUUCUCUUCAAUUGACUCAACAAUUGAGUCAACAGUUUAAUCAACAAAUGCAACAAAUGUGCAUGUCUCAAAAUCCAAAAACCCAACCUCCACCACCGGUUCAAUUCAAUAUUGAUCUCUCACAGGUACAAAUUCCGAACAGACAAGUGAUAUAUAGUGAUGAUGGUCAAAGUGAUGAUGCUUAAAGUACCGAUUGGCAAACUUCUAGUGGAUCAGAUUAAAUUAGGUAGUUCUUGUAAUUCUAUGAUACUUGUAUACAUUUCAAAUGAAUGUUUUGAUAUUUUAUUAUAUUCUAAUGUUUUAAGAUUAUAUUGUAUUUUAAUAUUUUUGCAGUUAAAUUUACUGAUUUAGCUA